AUGGCCCAGGUCGGCGGCCUGCCGACAAUAAUACCCGACGUGCCCAUCUCGGCCACUCUGAUUUUCGUGUACCUCUGCCUCGCAGUAACGCACAUGACCAUAUUUCGGGUCAACCUGAAGCGCGACCACAAGUUCGUCUUCUCGGGCUUGCUGUUCGGUCUUUCGAUGGCACGCACAGCCGCGCUGGCCAUGCGCAUAGCCUGGGCUACACAUCAAACCAACAUUUCUAUUGGCAUUGCGGCCAACAUCUUGACGCAGGCAGGUGUCGUCCUCCUCUUCGUCGCCAACCUCUUCUUCGCUCAGCGCAUUGUCCGCGCCUAUCACCCAACCUUCGGCUGGCAUACCGGCGCACGCAUCGUUUUCCGAUUCCUCGUCGCUUCCGUGAUCGCUUGUCUGAUCAUGGUUAUUGUAUGUACGGUGCACUCGUUCUAUACCCUUGACACCGUGGCCCGCCAGAUGGACCGCAAGGUGCAGCUCACCGCCGGCGUAUAUCUGGCAUUCCUCGCAUUUGUUCCGGCGCCGGCGGUCAUCAUAGCCUCGUUGUUUCCCAGCAAAACCCGCGUGGAGAAGUUCGGUCAGGGCCGGUUCCGAACCAAGAUUGCGCUGCUCCUUUUCACGUCCUUGCUCCUGACCCUUGGCGCCGGGUUCAGGGUCGGGACAAACUUCGCUGCAAGGCCGCAAAAUGAUCCGGCCUGGUACCACCACAAGGCGUGUUACUACUGUUUCAACUACGCCAUUGAGAUUAUCGUGUCCACACUGUACGCAGCUGUACGGUUCGACCGGAGGUUCCAUAUCCCCGAUGGCGCGAAAGGUCCAGGCGAUUAUGCACAGGGUGUCACAGGUCCGCGAGUUAAUACUGAGGAGGAGGCAUUUGGUCCUGAGCGAAGUGAGGACGAAGCAACCAUAGGAGGCGCAACACCGACAGAAAGCGCAUGGGAGGAGAGAUUCAGGAAGGAGCAGAAGAGUGAGGCCGGAACGACUGUUUAA